AUGGACAGAAGCACCGCAGAUCGAAUCGCCUCUAUCCUAACAUCGGAAAACUUCCAAAAUGGCCACGAGAUAUCGCGCGCUACAUCACCCGGCGGCGAGCCCGUGGAAGCAGACGGCUCCAAAAAGGCCAGAGUUCGGCCACGCACAUACCCAUACUUUAGCUACUUGCCGUACCAGACGGAAGACGACAGCCAGCGAGAGCAUAAUUUGCAUGAAAUUCUGAAUUGCUUAUAUGUUGCAAUCAGAGCUGGAGACUUUAAUCCUGGCGCUGUGCACUGGACCCGAGAGCUCAGAGGAUGGCUUUCGUUAAAGUUUGAUCCUACCAGGGAAGAACGGAUUAAGCUUGUGAGGCUGUACUAUGAGUUGUCGCUCGCUCCGGGCAUAGAUCCGAAUGUAUCAGAACGGUUCGCGAGCAUGUUCAUGCUUCUUACAAAACGGAAACAUUACCUUCGACCGGUCAAGGAUCUGGUGCUGGACUGGAAACCCUUGUUCAAAGAAUUAAAAGCUUUCGUAUUGCCAACAGAGUCCGGCUUGAUUCAUUCCACGAAUCUGAAACGUAAUAUCAAGACGCUUACGAAGCUCUGCGCGUUUGCUCAGCUCUACUUCGACCCAUGCGAAGUACCAGCGAUGCUGGAGGAGUUUCUUCCCCAUUUCACCACUUCGUUCUCAGAAGGUGCUUUCGUCGUUGUUGGAUUGAUGAAUUUGCUGUUGCCCACAUCUCCCGCACCGGAGCCUCGGGAUGAUUUGCGGCCGCAGAAAUUCCUUCCUACCUACUUCCACCUUUGGUCCCUUGUCAAUCGAUCGAAAACGUUCGAUAUGACUUUCCUCGAUCUUCUGUCUCGACUGGCAAGAGACUCCUUACCUGCGUCUCAUAUUCCAUUCUCCGAAUAUGGUAUUUUUACCAAGGAUCAAUCCUCGGUCAUUUUCACAGCCAUCCUCAGACUGCUUGAAAUCCCCGUUGGACAAGCCACCUCUCCAUACAGUGCUCUUGUCGAUAUCUCGUCUGGCCUGGGAAUCAUGCUCGACCGUGAUUCAAGGAAGCACCCCGUUGCGCAUCACAUUGCUCGCUGGAUUGUCAUGUCCUUGUCACCCGCGUGCUUGGAUUCGCCAGAUUCUAUUCUUCACCAGCUCGAGGGUCUCAUCCAAGCCGUGGAGACAUUCUUCCAUCCCUCCAACUCCGGAAACUGGACCAAAACCCUUGCCCAAUUGGUCUACUACCUCUCUGACUUCUUCAUCAUGCGGUGGAACCGCGAACACAACGGAGAAAUGGAAGUACCCCCUGAGAGGAAACUGAAUGAGGCACUCAGAAAGCGUUUCGUGUUGUGUCUGCGUGAUGUGAUCUUCAUGGGUAUCUACGCAAAGAGUGGCACAGCAAUGAAUUUCUCUCUAUCUACUUUGCAAAGUCUAGCGUACCUUGAACCUCAGCUGAUUUUGCCUGGAGCUCUACAACGGAUUUAUCCAUCUAUGCAAGGUUUAGUUGAAGUGCAUCGAACAACCUCAUCGCUCAGAUCUUUGCAGAUUCUUUCCAGAAUUAUUGCUCGUACCAAGGGUUUCCGUUGUCAUAUGACGACCUUGUUGGGUCUUGCUUUACCUGGUAUUGAUGCCAAUGAUCUUGAGAAGUCUAUGCACGCUUUGUCUUUUAUCCAGUCAGUUUGCUACAACAUCCCGUUUGAAGACUUGACGAAAGGACGAGACGAUGUGAAUUGCAACAUGCUAGCCAUGGAGUGGAUAACAGGCGAGGUUGAAAGAAUGGAGAUAGAGGGCGCCAAUGUCCAACUCAAUUACGACACCGACUUGAGCGAUGAAACCGAGGAGAUGAUUCUCCGUUCAUCCACCACUGGAUUUGGCGAGUUCCUGAUCUCCUUCCUUGGUCGAGUCUUUACUCUUUUGGAGAAUCUCCCUGACGCUUCGCGGGUGAAGAGCGGUUCACCUGAAGAGAAUGUUGUCAAUACUCUUCCGGCAACACUCAUGCCAUUGUUAUCGGCUCUAUCUCCAGAGCUGUACGACAUGGCUUUACAGAAAGUUGUUGACUUCGUGUCAAACCAUGUCAUUCAUCAAGCCAGGGAUGCAAUGGCAUUCAUCUGUAACGCUGUCUGCAAGGUCAAUCCCGAAAAGGCCCUCAAACGCUUCGUUCCUCUAUUAAUUCAGGCAAUUCGUUCUGAAAUCGACGAAAAUGGUGCAGCAUCUACUCGAACGACGGGCUCUGAAGUUCUCCCAAGAGACAGGGCACUUGUCUGGAAUGUAAGCAUGCUGAGCAUGUGUGUUGUCCACGUCGGAAGUGCUGUUCUCAAGCAUAAGCAAGAGCUUUUGGAUAUUGCGAUUUACAUGCAAGAGAAGUGCAAAGGCAUCCCGACUAUUCACGUUUCGAAUUUCAUCCAUCAUCUCCUUCUCAAUCUUACGGUCACCUAUACUUUGGACUAUGGCCUUUUCGAGCAUGAAGAUAUCAAAGACGGCAUCAAAAUUGAGCAUUGGGGCUAUCGUCCUGAUCCUCGUAACCUCAACAUUAACUGGCAUAUCCCAAACAGAGCAGAAAUCGAGUUUGCCGUAGCACUCUUUCAGAGUCAAGCAGAAAGCGCUUUGUCACAACUCACUGCCCUGACCGAUGGCACGUCAAGCGUGAAACGUGACGGAAGUGGAAAGGAAUGGUCAGACGAGGUGACACGCAAACUUGUGCUUUUACGGCUUAUCAUCUCUGGUAUCUCUGUACUUUUCGAUCCAAAAGCAGCUUCCAAGGCUGGUGAUGACAAUAAUGCGGUUUUCUCGGGGUCCAGUGAUGUUGAAAUGGCCAAUGGGUACGUCACUGAGGGUGAAGGUCAGGACGAGAAUGGCGAUUCUUCCCUUGACAGUUCCGACGAAGAGACCGUGCGAGAGACUUUUACGUACCCUACUGGAUACUCACUGACAGAGGAUGAUCCAUUAUACCAUACCAUACAUGAUAUCAGAAAGCGGGCGGGUAUUGUCCUCCAUGAUGUACAUCGGUUCUUGACAGACAAGCAGGAAGACGACGUACCUUGCUUUGGAGCUCUCUACACCGCUUAUCGAUCCUGGUUCAUCGAUGUAGGCAUUGAAAGAUCAGCUCACGUCUUGGAUCGAGUGACACGUCUUCUUGCUGCGGACAUUCAUCCGUAUAAAGUGAGUGGAGUUCGCAAAGACUAUCCACGACCACUUCUUGUCAGAAGAGCAAACGUCUAUCACUUACAACGUCUACGACACAAUGCCGCUCCUCGACCAAGAUCAAAGCUCGACGAAGUACUCUUCCUUGAUUUAGCGGAGUCGAGUGUUUCACUAUACACUGAUAUCCGACGGAAUGCUCAGAGCGCCGGUGAAUCUGCAUUGAAAGCUGUCUGGGGAUCUCGAUUAGUGGUUAUACCUCCUUUGCUGAAAGCUUUGCAAAAGGCCAUUAAAGAGAAUGACCACGCUCGUAUAAAGGGUGCAUUGUACUCACUUUUGUAUGGAAGUCUAGCCAAAACGGUAGGACGCCAUUGGAAGUAUACCCCGGACGUUGUUCGAGCCUUUAUAGAUGCCAGCAGCGUCGACAAGCCGUCUGUGCAGAAGUUGUGUUCAGGUGCAAUCUAUCAAAUCAUGGACUACGGACGUCCGCUGGAAAGAAUGGCCGUACUCAAUGAAGAACUCGUCAAUGCUAUUGCGCCGGCUCAGAAUGUCGAGGAAACGAUUACUCAGAAGCGCAAUUCCAUCGGCAAAAAACGAGUUCAGAUCGAAAGCAAGAAAGCAGAACUUGCCGAAGAGCUCGUGGAAUUGGCCCGGACGUCUCACUGGAAAAUUGCUAGUCGGGCUGCUAGCAUUGUGGUCAGCAUGGGCUUGAGAUUUGAUCACAUUGCGAGCGAAAAGCUUAUCAAUUUGGUAACUACGGGAUCUAUCGAUACCCAUCCUGGUCUUCGUGGGAUGUACUCCCAGGCAUUGAUAGCUCUUUUCACUAUGAUCGACCUUCGCGCCAUCUGUAAUCACAAUUACGAGAAUUAUAUCCUCGGAGAACAGCAUUUCCCGGCCCGGAUUCAAGUCGCUACCAAACGAUAUGAUAAGGGUUGGACAGAAGAGUACUUGGCCAGCUUUGCUAAACCUGACGCAGAAUACUACAUCGAUCAUGACUUUCCGGGAUGGCUUGUCUGGUCAGACAAGAUGCCUGCCUACAAGGCUAACAUCAAGAAAGAUAUUGAAUAUGACGAAGUGGAAUGGAAUAUUCGAAAACAUAUGGGUCAGCUUCUUGAUCGUCAAUGGUUCCGCAGUUUCUUUGCAUACCUCAAACAGGAGCCUCGGGACGCGUCCGCGGACAAAUUCCGUAUGGCUUGUGCGAUGAUGUUGUUGUAUGUCUUUGAGUUGAUGAUUCGAGACGAACUUACUACAGCUACAUUUAAGGAGAUCAAGGAGGAGGUUGAGAUUGUCUUUGAGGAUGGAAGCGAUAAACAUCAACAUAGAGCGACGGCAGAGAUUCUUGGUGCGUUAAUCAGUUCUGUUGCAGAUACAGAUGUUGAGAAGAGGAAUAUGGUUUGGGAGUAUGCCUUCCCCAUGGUCAGGAAGAUUCUCGAGGAUGGCCUUACCCCUGAGAAUUCUGGUUACUGGACGACUUUCCUUCACAUGAUCCUUCAAUGUAGGGAUCCUCGUCGUGCAUGGCCGUUGGUCGAUUGGCUAGCGUCCUUCAAGCUUGACAUGUCGUCCAAUGCAGCUUUCAAAGAGAGCUCAAAGAUUAGUCUGCUACAUCAGUGUAUCAUCGACGCAGGAUGGCAUUUUCAGCUUGAGAAGCCGAUUGUCGAAGAUUUUGUCUCUCAUCUUGACCAUCCUUAUAAAGGUGUUCGCGAGGCUAUGGGUCAUACUCUGGGAUCGAUCUUCCGGACAAGGUAUCACGAAUCCCAUGCCGACGUGAAUACUCUGGUCGAGGCUCAGAAAUCAUCGUCUGCAAUUGGGACAUAUCCGUAUAAUCCAUCAAAAGAAUUCUCGGAAAUGAUGACCACUGUCUUUGGGAGGCUUAAAGUAUGGCGACAUGAACGCACGCCAGGCCAACAGACUCCCUCAUCCUACACAUCUGGAAGCAAGACAGUGUUGCUUUGGCUGGACUCAACUCUUUCCUCCCAUGAAUGCACACAAUUAGUACCUUUCUUUGCGACAACCUUCACCGAAGAAUUGCUCCAUAUGAUGGAUGUCAAAGAAGACCCCGAACUCCAAUCCCUCGCAUACCAUGUUUUCCGCCACCUCCCCAAUAUCCCUUACCCAGCCGAGAAUGAGUCUGCCUUUAUUCAGGCGUUGGUCCAUAUCGGACAACAUGCGACAUCGUGGCAUCAGCGACUCCGUGUAAUGAUCAACAUGCAAAUCAUCUACUUCCGACGUCUAUUCUUACUUUCUGCAAGCGACCGCGACAAACUCUUCGAAUGUAUCGCCAACAUGCUCCAAGAUAGCCAACACGAGGUCCGCGUCGGCGCAUCCGCGACAUUAUCCGGAAUGAUCAGAUGCUCCCCCGUCGCAUUACGAGAAACAUACGUUCAAAAAUACCAAGAACGAUUCACAAAAACUUUGAUCGAGAACCCAUUACCCAAGAAGCCGAGAAACCACAUUGAUCGCGCAGCAUCCGCUACAUCCAGUCGAACAGGUACACCUACACCGGAACAUACGCGGUUGAUUAUCGUUCGACAUGCCGCUGUCUUGGGUUUGGGUGCUUUGGUUCAAGCUUUCCCCUACGCGAGUCCGCCACCACUUUGGAUGCCGGAUGCUUUGACGACGCUGAGUACCAAGGCAGCCCACGACCCGGGUGUAGUUGGUUCGAGCGUUAAGAGUAUUAUUAGUGAAUUCAAAAAGACGAGACAGGAUACUUGGCAUAUUGAUCAAAAGGCUUUUACGUCAGAUCAACUUGAAGAUCUAUCAGGAGUUUUGUGGAAGAGUUAUUUUGCUUAGAUAGCGAUUUCUCUAUCGUAGGAACAAAGAUGAAUUAUUUGGUUUGACUAGAUUAUCCUUAUUUACUGUAGAUUCCAAAGGCUCGUUAAGACUGCAUUUGAAGAGACUAAAUAUACAACCUUGAAAGCACCAACCUACUCAGCAACCCAAACAGCAGCCAUCCCCAUCCCCGUCCCAAUACACAUACUCGUAACACCAAUCUUCUUAUUCGUCCUCUUCAACUCCGUGAACAACGUGCCCACCUGUCUCGCCCCUGUACAACCCAACGGAUGCCCAAACGCAAUCGCGCCACCCUUGGGAUUAACCUUCUCAAACGGCAAGCCAAGUUCCUUAAUACACCACACGCAUUGCGAUGCAAAGGCUUCGUUGAUUUCAUAAAUAUCUACAUCUUCCUUUGAGAUUCCAGCCUUUUCGAGCGCGAGGGGGAUCGCUUUCCAUGGUCCAAUACCCAUGAGUAAAGGCUCGACACCGACAACGCUGGCCGUGACGAAUUUGCCGAUGAUCUUUUGGCCUAGUUUUUCGGCCGUGGAGCGUUUCAUGAGUAAUACCGCUGCCGCCCCGUCGGAGACCUGCGACGCGUUACCGGCAUGGAUACUUCCAUCUUUGGCGAACGCGGGACGGAUCUUGGACAGUGAUUCCGC